GAUGUACGGCAGAGAGUUCAUCAGGGCGGUCAUCUUCACCUGCGGAGGCUCGCGGUGGAGGAGGUCUCUGGAUGUUUCAGGUGACCUCUCCAGUGAUCUGCUCUCCGUUCAGGACCCCAUCGUCCCUGGACUGUCAUACAGACCCCGUCCUGACGCAGAGGCCCAUGUCUGGACGGGAGAGGGCCCGGAGGACCCUGUGUUCAUCUCAGAGGAAGUGCUGGAGGCCUCGCCCUCGUCAGACAGAUUCUCUUGUGUGAAAUCCCGCAGAAUCCCGCGGCGAGCCAUCCGUUACCGCGAACCGACGGCUAUCAGCGCUUGA